ACCGCAGGUUACACGGUAAAAUCCUAGGUCGACAGCCUGGAACCUGGGGCGCACCGAACUUUAUCCCCGGCAAAGAAGAUGCUUUUUUGAAUCCUGGGGAGAAGGGAGAGAAGGCAGAAACCCUAUUAUGCACAGAGCUACGGAUCCGUAGAAGAGUUAUUACACAGAGGAACAUGGAGAUUACGUACUUGGUAAAUAUCUCUGUAGUGGUUCCCGGAUUGGCCUCGGAAGUGAAACAGGCCAAGAACUCCGUAGUAGCAAUGUCGCCAACCAGCACGUGUUGCCCCGUCCGCUCCACCGACCCCUCGUCCAAUUGCGAUGCAUCCCCAACUCAACCACCAAAGUAAACAAACACUUUUUGGGCCGCCAAACCGAACAUCGACGACAAGCGCAUUCUAGCUGCAACGACAUCACGGUCCGCGACAAGAUGCCUCGAGUUUCCCAGGGCCCGUGCAGGAGCGGGAGCAGGAUUCCUUCCGGCUCAUUGGCCGCAUCACCGUUCAAGUCACCAGUCAAGAUUCCCUUGAACGAUGAUGCCCAAGAAAAAGCGCAGCGAUCGCACGGCCGCAAAGCCGCUCAUGAAGCCCAGAUCAACCAGCUCAGGGCUGCCGCGACAAGCACGCCGCGCAAGUCAAGCUCCACCUUCAACAACCUCCAAAAUGUCGAGUCGCCCGGGUCCCCGCGCACGCCGCGCCGCCGCAAGAGCGGUAAUAACUCCAUCAUUGUCGACGAUGACGAGGAUGUCGUGGUAGGCGGCAAGGCCGUCACGCCGAUGAAGCGCGUCCCCAUCCUCGCCAACUUCGAGGAGUGGAUGAAGAUGGCCACCGACAACAAAAUCAACGCCGCCAACUCGUGGAACUUUGCCCUCAUCGACUACUUCCACGACAUGUCGCUGCUCAAGGAGGGUGACGGUGUCAACUUCCAAAAGGCCAGCUGCACCCUCGAUGGCUGCGUCAAGAUCUACACGAGCAGAGUCGACAGCGUCGCAACCGAGACAGGCAAACUGCUGAGCGGCUUGGCCGAUAGUCGUGACAGCAAGAGGAAGGGCCGCGACGGCGAGGACGACGAGGACGACGAGGAAGAGGAGGUCGAUGAGGAGGGUAACGUCAGGAAAAAGCCAAAGAAAAAGACCCAGCGAUCGUCCGAGGCCACUCUGGCGCCCUCCUUCGCAUCACUGCAACUCAAAAAGCUGGAGCUCGAAUUCGCAGUCGAUCCUCUGUUCAAGAAGGCCUCCGCCGACUUCGACGAGGGCGGCGCCAAGGGCCUUCUCCUGAACCACCUGAUGAUCGACUCGCAGGGCCGAAUCGUAUUCGACAGCAGCGACGAUGCCGAGGAUGCCGCCGAGGGUACCAACAAGUCGCGGAAGCAGGGUGACGGGGAGCAGGCUGACGCUGAGGACGGGGAGGAGGACUUGUCCCUGGCGGACAGAGAGAAAACCCCUGCGCCCCAGGAACCAGAAGAGGAGGAGGAUAUCGAAAUCGAUGUUGCGGGCUUGGGCGCGAGAUUCUUCCCGGAUCUCAGCAUCUUGGACAGCAUGGACGUCUGCCCGUCCCUCAAGACGUUCGACCUCGGCGACCCAUCCGGCUCUCUCGACAUCCCCUUCCUCAGGGCACCGGAUGACUGGCGCCAAGACCAGGACAAGGAAAAGACACCUGGCCCAGGGGCCAUCGGCGACAAGUCUGGUAUGUUUAUCGACGAGGAGAAUCCGCUUGGAUUUGACGACGACGAUGGGCUCGGGACCUUUGACUUGGGCGCCGAUGUCGAUUUCGGCGAGGGCGGAGAGGCGUGGGCUCGCGAGGCGGCGCUCGAGCCGCAGAUGAUGCGUGUUUUCGACGCCGGUCUGGGCAUGGGAGACGGUGCCGGGGCAGACGGGGAAGGUGAUGGGGCUGACCUUUUGGACGGCGGGAACGGCGAUUUUGCCAUCUCCAUGACGCACUCCCAAAAGGCCGAUAGGAUGCACGAAAACAUUCUCAGCUACUUCGACCAGGCCCUGCAAAAGAAUUGGACGAGCGCCGAGCACUGGAGGAUACGAAAGAUCAAGGAUGUGAACAAGCCAACGGAGCCAACGCGACAGCGGAAAGAGAAGCAGCCGUUCGAGAUCGAUUUCGCCGCCGCCUUAGACCCGGCUGUCGCUGAGGCCAUCUACACCCAAGCCUCAAGCAACUCGGCCAUCUCUCUCCCCAAAAAGGACUGGAAGUCCAAAUCGCGCAACCUACUCCCCGACGACAAGCACUUUAGUUCCAAACAGCUUCUGAGCCUCUUCCUCAAACCCAAGGCGCGCAUGGGCCGCAGGCGCAUCCUCGGCGGCAGCCGGAUAGGGAACAUUGACUCCCAGCGACAAAACGACAUCCCCGAAGGCGAGAUGGACGAGGCCUUCUGGGCGUCACAGAAGGCACCCCUGCGGUCGGCCGAGCACGGCUCGUCCCCCGACGAAGGCCUACCGCAGGGCGACUACGACGCCAACUUCUUCCAGGACGACGGCCUGCCCUUUGCGGGCGGCGGCGGUCUCGACGACGCCGACGACGACGACGACAUGGACGACGAGUUUGCCGACGCGCGCGAGCACUUCUCGCCCGAGGCGGGCGGGCCCAUGAUGACCGACGUCGGCAUGACGGGCGCCUUCGGCGGGCUGACGGUUACCAACCCGGCCGACCUGGCGUUUGGCACCAUGCUCGUGACGCAGAACCGCCGCGUCCGGCCCGAGUAUGUGCAGUAUGCGCGCGUAGCCAAGAAGGUGGACGUCAGGCGGCUGAAAGAGGAGAUUUGGAAGGGCAUGGGGUUUGAGGGGCUUGAGGACCCCAACAAUAUCAAUAACAACCCCGCCAACCGCCUCAUGACCCCCGUCUCCCCUGAGAAACCCACCGCCACCACCGACUCGAACGGGAAUGUAGACGGCGACGUCAACGCCAAAGGCCUGACGCUGAAGUUCACAAGCGUCAUGAACGACCUGCAGCACGUCUAUCCAAAGCCGGUCAUGGACGAUAUCUCGACCAGCUUCUGCUUCAUCUGUCUGCUGCAUCUGGCCAACGAGAAGGGGCUGGUCAUCUCCAAGACCGAGGGGCUGGAGGAGUUGUUGAUUCGCAAGGAUUGGAAUGCUGAGGUUGCUGAGGGGGAGUAGCACGUUCUUGGUUUAAUGGGGUGUUUGUAUGUUGACGAAUCGUCAGGUAUGAGUGAUAGCGCUCCUGGUUGAGUCCUUUGUAUGGAGCUAGGGGGAGAGUCGUUUUUCCUGGCUGGGUGGAUGAGCGUUUGCGG